AUGGACGAACGAUAUCGAACCCAGCAGCCAUUAUUGCCUCUGCUUUCCAUUGCCGCCUCCCGAGCCCAAUACUCCCCAACACAACAGUGGGCAAGCACAAGUCAAACCCAACUCCCGGUCAAGCGCGAAAACGGCUCUCCUGAACAGAUGGAGCGCAAAGAAAGCCAUGAGGACUCCAUGUCCUCAACCAGCGACUUCGUCAAGAAGCUCUACAAGAUGCUAGAAGACCAAGCAUUUUCCAGUGUCGUUUCCUGGGGGCCUCAGGGAGAUUGUUUUGUGGUCAAGGACAUGAACGAAUUCACCAAAUCAAUACUGCCGCGUAUGUUCAAGCACUCCAACUUCGCUAGCUUCGUUCGGCAGCUGAACAAAUACGAUUUCCACAAAGUCAAGAACACGGACGAUAACCAGUUCGGGGAGCAUAGCUGGACAUUCCGUCAUCCUGAUUUUCGUGCGGAUCGUCGCGAUGCACUCGAAAACAUCAAACGCAAAGUCCCUGCUCAGCGCAAAUCCACCAGCUCUGCUGCCUCUUCAAUACCUAUGCCGUCUACUUCUUCAUAUCAACCCACACCUGGCUACCCACAACCUGGCCCUUCCAGCUCGUUUGGGGCCAAUCCUUACGAACAGAAUGCCAAGGUUGAUGCGGUUCAGUCUCAAGUAGCCUCGUUACAAGCACAACUGUCUUCGCUCAGUGCCGCCCACGAAGAAGUCCUUUCACAUGUGCGCAACCUCGAGCGGAGUUACCAAGAAGUGCUUGUUGAGAUGGUCGGUUUUCAACGAGGGAUGGCACAGCAGGACGGACUGAUGCAGAACCUGAUACAAUACUUCCUACGAGAGAACAACGGGAAUGGCGCCGGCAAAAUGAAGCAACUCGAUACUGGUCUCGACGGCUUGGACGGACUCGGUAACCCGUUUUUGUUCAUGCAAACGCCAGAAGCGCAACGAAUGCUCGACAAAAGCUAUCCGGAAAGCGACGUGGCCCGCGCAUCGCUCAUGCAAAUGAGCGAAAUAUCAAGACGGGCAGAGGCGGUGGGGAUGUCGUUUGGUGGUCAGAGUAGUGUGCCAUCAAGCAGCAGUUCGCGGUUAGGGAGUGGUGUCGGUGCGAGUGGGAUUGGCGCUGCCAUGAGCCGAAUGGACAUGCUGGCGAGGAUAGAAGAAUUGCAAGCCCAACGCGGAAAACGAAUCAACACGCCCCUGCCAAACUUCAACUCAACGAACAAUCCGCCAGAACUGGGAGGAAGCCAAACUGACUCACCAGAAUCCGAGGACUUCGAAGAGGAAGUCGUGCAACCAACACCAACGAAUCCGCCAAAUUUGGACAUGUCAAUAACGCCGCCCAGUCCGCCAGAUCCCUGGGCACUCAGCGCGGGCGACCAACAUGCCGGGCUCGAAGUAUAUACUGUUGGUCACCUGAUGCCACGAGGGAGUACUGGCUUUCCUGGGCUGCAGGGCAAUUGGGGGUUCGAUACAAGUCCGUCAACACCAGAAUUAGUCGGGAAACAAGAAUCGCAGGCGGGUCCGAGCAACUUCUCAAACUCGGGAAGUGGAAGCCCACCAUCACAGAAGCAAACUCUGCGUGUCCGACGGUCUACUUUCGUUCCUGGUUGGGCUGUUCCUCCCCGGGUUCUGCUGGUGGACGACGAUGCUGUGAGCCGAAAACUCAGCAGCAAGUUCCUCCAAGUGUUUGGAUGCGCUAUCGAUGUUGCAGUUGAUGGUGUUGGGGCGGUAAACAAGAUGAAUCUGGAGAAAUAUGACCUGGUUCUAAUGGAUAUCAUUAUGCCUAAGCUCGACGGUGUUUCGGCAACGUCUAUGAUUCGCAAAUUCGACCCACAAACGCCCAUCAUCUCCAUGACGAGCAAUUCAAGACCGAACGAGAUCAUGACCUACUACUCGUCAGGCAUGAACGAUAUAUUACCCAAACCAUUCACGAAAGAGGGUUUGUUCGAGAUGCUUGAAAAACAUCUCGUUCACCUCACCGUCAUAAAAGAAAAAAUGUCCACCUCGGUGAGGAUACCUCGACAACCGAGUGGGAUUCCUCCUCUCAACGAUGCCGGUUUCGAGGGUGCCCUCCAAGCUGGCGCCGCUUCAAUGUCCUCGUCGUCCUCUUCGCCCUCCCUGACCAACUAUAACUUUGGAUUAAGCAGUCCUGAGCUCAACGAUGGUCGGAUAAACGUGCUCGCCGGGAUGGGUCUCUCUGACGAACAGUACAACAUUAUGCUGGCGGGUAUUGUCAACGGAGAUGGCAUCACCUUCGGGAGCUCAGAAAAGCGCAGUCUCGAGUUGGGUGAUGGCGAUCCAGACGGGCCGGAAGGCAAACGCAGUCGUUUCGAGGUCGUUGAGUAG